UGAAAACGUUGCUGCUUCUCGCCCUUCUGAUUUGCAGGAUGGCUGGGAAAGAAACCAACUUGGUUAUGUGAGCAUCUUUUAGUGCUUCUCAGCUCUGUGUGAAGAUUGCUUUCUUCAGAGGAGCUCCAGACUCGAUCAAAAAGGAAAAAUCUUGCUUUUACUCUUCAAAAUAAAAAUGGACUUGGAGGUCAGUGAACCAAUAGACUUUAGUACUGGAGAUCACCAACAUCUGGUCCGGAAAGCAGCAGAUGAUAACACCCAGACCAAAUCUAAGAAGUCCCAGGAACCUGCAUCUUCACCUAGGCAAAAAAGAGCUCAGGAGAAACCACGUUCGAAUACUGGGCAGAAAGUGGACUCCUACGUUAUACAAAUUUCAGAUGAGACCACCCCCACUGACAGCAAUGCGUUAACCAGCCCGUUCUCAGAAGCACCAGUCCGCAGAGCUUUCAUGACAAAAGUGUUCCUCCUGCUGUCCACUCAGCUGAUGAUCACGGGGGCCAUCAUCAGCGUCUUUCUUUUCUGGACAGAUUUAAAAAAUUGGGUACGCAAGAAUGCCUGGUUCACCUAUGCGAUCUUCCCAGCAUUCUUCUUUGUGCUCAUCGUGCUUGCUUGCUGUGGGAAACUCCGCCGUCAGGUGCCUGCGAAUUACAUCCUCCUGGGAUUAUUUACAGUUCUUCAAGGUCUGCUGCUAGGAGCCAUAUCAGUUUUCUAUAACGCUGAGGAGGUGUUAUGGGCCACAGCAGCGACCGCUAUGGUGACAUUAUCGCUCACUUUGUUUGCUCUUCAAACAAAAUGGGACUUCACCCUCCUGAAUGGAGUGCUGUUCGUCUCCGUCAUCGUGCUCCUGAUCUAUGGAACUCUCUUACUCUUCAUACGGUCAUACUGGUUGCAUCUGUUGUAUGCUGGGCUUGGAACUAUGAUCUUCUCACUUUACUUGGUAAUGAACGUGCAGCUGAUGGUAGGAGGGCGCCACCACCACUCCAGCCUGGACCCCGAAGAGUACGUGUUUGCGGCUCUGAACAUCUACUUGGACAUAAUCAACCUUUUCCUUUUCAUUUUGCAACUGAUUGGACUGGUGCGGUAGUCCCGUGGCCGAGGCGGGCUCCACUGGUGAGAGGGAAGUGGGGUCGGCUGCGAAGUGUCGCCCAGCCACGCAGCGGUGGCCACUUCCUAAGCCCUUUUAUGAAAGGAAGUCUUUUAAAGUACUUUACUUUUAAAUGGA